CCUUAUUUUACUGACGAAUCUGUCUCCUCGGCUGCAGCUGGAUUUACUUAGAAUCGGACGCUAACUUUUAGCCUAUUAGCUAAAGCCGGCUACCACAGCAGUCGGCUGAGACGACGCCGGAAGAUUAACGGUACAGAGCAACGGGCCGGUACAGACGGACUGCGGCGGCCAGCGGAGGUGCAACGGCACACGGCUCUCGGUCGGUGACAUGUUGCUUCAGUCUGUGUUCCGCUUUCUUCGCUUGUGUCGUGUAAAGUACUGUGACGACGCGCAGUUACUUUCUCAAUCUGUCAGUGAUUCAACUGGAGUCGAUGUGGAGCAUUCGCAGCGGCGCUGCUGUUGAUUUCUAUCGGCUGUGACGUCCUGUUUUGAAGGAAAUCAGGGGUAAAAAAAGAAAGAAAGGAAAAACGCCACAUGCUUCCCUCCAUCGCCGCCCGCCCCUUCUCCCCGGGUCGGUCCAACUUGGGACAAUCGGCCCUCGGGGGCUGCCGCAGCACCUGACACAUUUAGCGGCUCUAACUGAACCCGCACGCUCCGCCGGGCCGGCCCCCGGGUGACUGCCGCUGUGGUUGUGGGAGACGUCGGUCCUUUUUCCUCCGUCGGAAACAUCGUGCCUGUUUUUUUCCGUUGGAUUGGCGGCGUCGCCAGCGCAGCACAAGGGAGCAACGGUCUGACUCCGACAAAACAGUGACAGACUGAGGGACAUCCUUGUUGCCACAGCAACUAGCCGUAACACGAUUUCCGAUCAGCGGCAAAUUCAGCCUGACAAGGGCGACUUUUAUACUGAAAAGCGUCAAGCGGAAGUCAUCAUCGGUAACUUCUGCUACUUUGAUUGUGGACACAAAAAACUGCGAAAUCAAGGAGAAGGACAGCGCCCAGAAGAAGUAAACCUCUGCGAACAGUGUGGAGCAUCGCGUUGGAAAUGGGACCUCGGCCACGAUCUGCGGCUGGUCGGACGUGGACACAGAGGACAUGUCUUCUGGUUUGUUAAAGCCACAGCGCGACCCUCGGCUCUCCCAGCAUGCUACAGCAGUGACAGUGUCUCUCCGUUCAGCAGCACUCUUUGAUCCGAGAGAAACGUGCCUUGUAAGGAAGCAGGAUGUUCACAGGAUCCACCAAACUGCCACCCGCUAAAACUCCCCAGCCCGAGCGGCUGGAUGAAGUGUACGCUGCCUUACGCAGAGGCUUACAGUCGUACCUGCAGGUCCACCAGCUGGAGCUGGACAGUCUGGGUCAGCAGAUCAGAGAAAACAAGCGGAACGGUCGUUUGGGGUCAUUGUACGAGCAGGAUAAGCAAGUGAAAGCCAUUGAGAGGUUCAUGCGUCGCUUGGAAUUCCACCUCAGCAAGGUUGAUGAGCUGUACGAUGCUUACUGUAUACAGCGGCGACUGCGUGACGGAGCGAGUAAGAUGGUUGCAGCCUUUAACCUGGCCACUGGCAGCAAGGAGGCCAGAGAGAGCCUGAGUGAAGCCAACAAGGGCUACAGGGAAUGUACAGAGCAUAUGUGCUCUCUUGAGAGCGAAUUAGAAAGCCAGAUGGGAGAAUUUCAUGUCAAGAUGAAGGGCCUUGCCGGCUUUGCACGGCUGUGUGCUGGUGACCAAUAUGAGGUACUAAUGCGUUAUGGGCGUCAACGCUGGAGGCUACGAGGCCGCGUGGAAGUCAGCAACAAGCAGAUAUGGGACAGUGAAGAGUAUAUUUUCAUGCCUCUUGUCACAGAGCUGCUGUCAAUCAAGGUGACGGAGCUGAAGAGCCUGGCCAAUCACGUGGUGGUGGGCAGCGUGUCCUGCGAAAUGCUCGACCUGUUCUGCCCACUCCCCCAGACGCUCGCCGUGGAUAUCAACGAUCUCGGGACGGUGAAGCUGAACUUGGAGGUCACCUGGAGUCCAUUUGAUAAGGAUGACCAGACUUCAUCCACCAGUACAGUUUCUAAACGGCUGCUAUCCAAUCAGAGCCCUCCAGACACGCCCUCUAUGCGGGAGCAGGUGUUUUAUAGCGUGCCACAUGGCAGGCCCAGACCGAACUGCUUGUUGGUGGAGGCAUUCCAAGACGGUGUGACGGACAGGACGACAUCCUCGCGCUGUGAAUACAGCCACACAAACCCCUGCUUCACCUCCGUGCAGUCGUCUUUGCUGAAGCGACAGGGAGAAAUGGAGAACGGGACAGUCUGGUCCAACUCCUCUGAAUCCUCCGACGACUCCUCUAGUCCUGCGCUGGCUCAUCACACUCAGAGGCUGACGGCCUCCAACAUGCUGCAAAGCACUCUCACCAGUCAGCUGACGUUCAGUCCGCACAAGUCUAGCGCUUCGACGCCGUCACUCUCAUCCAACCAAGAGGAGGACGAGACAGAAGCCGGGGAGGUCUUCUCUCAGACAGAUGCCGUGCCCAACGGCCAUCUGCAGACUUCCUGCCCUCACAGCCACGUGGGCGAGAGCAGCCCGGACUGUACGGUGACUGACAGGGCAUCUCUGCAGUCAGCUGACCUCUCAGACAGCUCCGCAGACCUGAGCUGCUCAUGCCCCGACGUCUCUUCUGUACCUGCUGUGUCAUACGUGGAGCGAGCAGACGUGCCUGAAAGCGGCGUCCCACAAGUGUGUGUUUCAGCAGAGGAGGUAAAGGACAAACCGUGUGAGGACUUGACUUUACAGUCUGCAGCAGCAGCAGAGGACAGCACCACUGAAGCAGAGGGUGGACGCCAGGGAGAAGCAUCAGAGAAGCACAGUCAGCCACAGCAGUCCACCCAGGAGCAGAAACAACCAGAGGACGCUCAGACGGUUCCUUUCCCUACUUCCACUAGUUUCAACCAGGAAGUUGAGACGGCCCUUGAAAGUUUCGACUUUCUCAACUGCUCUGACCUUGAUGAAGAGGAGGAGGAGGGAGAGGAAGAGGAGGAGGAGCUGGAGCAGCAACAAGAGAAAGACAAAGGAGAAGAGGAAGAAGAAGAUGAGCAUGAAGAGGACAAACAAAACGUGGAGGAAGAAGAAAAGGAUGAACUGAAGUUCUACUCUGGAGGAAGUGAUGAGGAAGAGGCAGAAGGCCUUGAGAUCCUUAUGGAAGCACCAGAAGGAUUCAGGAACUCAGAUGAAGAUCGUUUCUCUGAAUCACAGGAGUCAAGUGUGGAAGACGUGCAGGACAUAGGACAGAUGGAAAUACCUGAGGAUAAGGAGGACAUGGGGCAGGAUCCCUGCGAGGAGAAGGGAGAUGAACGACACGGAGAGGGCACAUCACAAGAUCCAGAGGAACGUCCAUCCACUCCCAGCCAUUUGGCCACGACUGUCUUCUAAUGACAGUGAAUCCAUAGCUAAACCAUUUCUCCCACUCUGAUCUACUCCUGCCCCCCCCCCCCCCCCCCCCCCCACACACACACACACACACACACACAAACACACACACACACACACACACACACACACACACACACACACACUGAGGGACCAGAGACCUCGAGGAUGUCCCACUUCCUGCUCAGACAAACAAGCUCUUCUAUUAUGGUGGAGGUUGUGCACAUAUAUGCCUUGUUUUGACAAAGAAUGAUAAACCUUGGGUUUUUCGCAUCAGUCAUGUCUGAAAGUAACCCCAAAACACACACACACAUAAACCGCCCUUCAAAAGUCCUUAUUCAUUCAAUACAUGCACUCAUAUCAUGUUGCCUGAGUUAAAGUGUAAUAACACUUAAGUUUACACUUUCAUAAACUGUUCCUGUCAUGUGAAAAUUCAGUGUCCAAAGUGUAAACAUUUCAGGAGCAGCUGAAGGCGGCCUUGUUCUUGCCUUUAUUACAGUGCUUUUUUUUUAAUAACGUUUUAAUAAUUUUGAAAAGGCUUUUAUAUGUUCAAGUUGGAUGGUUUUUUUCAAUCCACAGAGGCAUUCAACCACUUACCGAGUUGAAUUAUGAAAUGAUCAGUAUUUUUGCGGACAUGGAAAAACUAUUGAGGUUAUAAUUUUCUGUGUUAAAUCAGCUCACAGCCCAGAGCUCUUUUGCUGUUGGCAGAACAGGAAAAGACUUCAUGAGCAUGUGAUGUUUGUCUCUAGAGUUUGCUCAAACUGAAGUCAUAUCCAAAUCAGGAAUGUGCCCUUAAAAUCAACAGGAUUAGGCAUCAGAGACGGGUAAGGAGAAUUUUCAGAAAUACACAAUUAACCUUCAAAGCUGUACCAGGGCCUGAGCUGAAUAGUGAACACGUGUUUAUACAUAUAUACUGUAUAUAUAUAUGAAGAAAUAUAAACACUUGGAAAGAUAGCAGUUUAAGUUUUUCUCCAAAACUUCUUUUGGUCCAGUUUUACAAACGAUGAAAACAAUCUGCAGUGUAAAACUACAUUUAAACCUGCAUGUGUUGCUGCCUCACACUGCCAGCAUGUCUGUAUAAAACGCUCAUGUGAUCUGUUCUGCGCCAUUGUCGUAUCAGCGUCAUGCUUUACGUUGUUCUACGAAGCCUCGUCAUUCAGAAAGUGCCUCAAGUGACAGGGAUGUAAGGUUUUAAAUGCCAGGACAGGAGAGAUCAGGCAAAAAGAAAACAGUGUUUAUUUUCUGAAUUACUUUUAAGAGUGUGCACAAUAAGAGAUAUUUACUGUUUCAUAUAAAGAAUUGUAUAUGUCUUGAAAUGUUCAAAUGUUUAUGUUCAGAAAUGUCUGAACUUUAUAAAACUUUCUUUAAAAGUUACAUGCCUGUCGCCGUGUUGAAUGAGUCGAAAAUUCUCUUUUGUCGUCCAGAGUAAAGAACUGAACGAAGACAUUAACAAACUAACUACUACUACAUUAAUGGGGAGUGAGGAAUGUGUUGGGUGGUCUUAAGGAAAUGGCUGCGGCUCUAUCAUGACACUGAGUUAUGUCGCCCAGAUCAACAAAAUAAAAGGACAAAACGACUGUACUUUAAGAGAUUUGAAAAUGGCUCACACUUUAAUACAUUUGUCUUGUUACCUUUAAUACCUAUGACAUCAACAUUUUUUCAAAAUGAUUAAAAAACCUUAAAACAUCUUUUGUUUAAAAUCGGGAAAAAAAUCUAACAUCAGGAAACACUUAAAUUCAAGUAAACUAUCAGCAGUGUGGAACAAAGGCACUGGUAAAGGGUUUUUCAGCUGAUCCAUCAAUUACGUCAUUAAGAUGUCAUAAAGCUUGUGGAAGUGAUAUAGUAAAUAGGACAAGCGGCUACCACCAGUUAAAAACUUCUACACUGCUACAGAGGAAACACAAACAGAUCUGCUGGCUGUGUGGACGCCACGGUCUUGGCUGUCGGUGACGGUGGCCGGGCU